GUAAUCUGAGAUCAAUAAACUCAAGAGUGGCUUUCAUCACGGGACGAAAUUCAUUCAGACUUACGCGACAGACAGAUUUCGAGUUUUGGUAUUCGGUUUCAUUACAUAGGACAGAGUCGACGUGCUUUCUGAUAGUGGUAGCAGCAAGGCAAUAAAAUCGAGAGCAAUAAUGUGUACAAAGUGACAUGACAAGUGAUCAUAAUAGAUAGAAAAGGAAGGCGGAUCUCUCAUUUCUAGUCGUGAAAGAAAGACAGCUCUCGGUUUGCAUAAACGUGUUUCGUAGAAAUGUCAAAUGCAUGAGUAACGAAAGGUUUCCGUAUCUAUGACUCCAUCCGUUCUUUUUUAUAGAAAUAUAUUUUGUGCUAGACAAAUUACUCGUGUGCUAUAGAACCGUCCUGGUAGACUUUUUCUCCUAAUGUCCUUUUGAGAAAUAUUUUAUUCGAUAUCAUUGUAAUGACGGAUAAUCAUUAGCCUAUGUGUGUCGCGUGUUAGUUAGUCACGUUUCUUUUCCUUCGUCACCCUUAUGUGAUUUUCUGCGUCUUUAAAUAACGAAAAUAAAAUGAGUUCCGUUUGGAAGCGAUUGCAAAGAGUGAACAAAAGAGCUGCCAAGUUCCAAUUUACGGUUUCGUAUCACGAGGUCACGCUCGAAACAACAUCAAAAUGGACCCCAAAUAAAUUAAGUGUGGUAUGGACAAGACGUAGUAGAAGAGUCAGUUCAGAACCUGUUGAAUGGGAACCAUGUCUGAGCGACCCUUUAAAAGGAAUAGUAAGUUGGGCUGUACCAGACAAUCAUACAGUUUCUGUGACGCUAUUCAAGGAUCCCAGAACUCAUGAAUUAGAAGACAAGGACUGGACGUUUGUCAUUGAAGAUGUUUCAACGACCGGUAAGAGGCGUCACGUAGCAGCCACAAAUAUCAAUAUGAAAAAAUUUGCAACGCUUGAAUCUAGUCAACAACAACUUAAGUUAGACUUGAAACCCACUUCGAAGAAAAUCGUUAGCGCAACUUUAGAAUGUACCUUAUCUUGUGUGUUCCUGAGGGAGGGCAAAGCAACGGAUGAAGAUAUGCAGAGUAUGGCCAGUUUGAUGUCAGUUAACAAUAACAGUGACAUUGCGCCAUUAGAUGAUUUUGAUAACGAGGACAUCCCCGAGGAUGUCGAAGAAGUGUCAGUCAAGAAUCUAGAUGAAAUUUUGGAGUUAUCCACUCAGUUAGACUUAUUAACUAGUAGUCUCACAGAAAGUGAAUUACCCAGUACUCCAAUAAGUGUGGCUAGUCUAUCAAAGGAUGAAACAACACCAGUAAACGAGAAUGAGAAUAUAUUACAAGAUAUUAGCAUGACUGGAAGCAUUAACGAGCCACCAACGGAAAAAUCUCCAGUAAAUGACGAAAUAGCCGCGGAAAACGAUAAAAACAUCGAGCACAGCAUUAUGAGAUUGCCUCUGCAACCAUUAGAGCUGAAGAAAAGUGGGAUGAAUGUUCCAAAAUUAAAGGAAACAACACCAGGUCAAGAUUUAUUGGAAUGGUGCAAAGAUGUGACCAAGGACUAUCCUGGUGUGAAAGUAACAAAUUUGACAACGUCGUGGCGUAACGGAAUGGCCUUCUGCGCGAUCAUUCAUCACUUUAGGCCCGACCUUAUUGACGUGGACGCGUUAUUGCCACAUGAUGUCAAAGGUAACUGCAAGAAGGCAUUCGAUGCUGGCGAAGCAUUGGGAAUUCCUAGGGUAAUAGAACCAGCUGAUAUGGAUGUUUUGACCGUACCUGACAAAUUAGCUGUGAUGACAUAUUUGUACCAAUUGCGAGCGCACUUUACGGGCCACGAGCUUGAGGUACAUCAGAUAGGCAAGACAACCGAUGAAUCUUCGUAUAUGAUCGGCCGUUUCAACACGGAUAAUAAUACCGACGUUAGUGUACAAUUGUUUGGACAAGAAAUCAUAAAUUUGCGUAACAAAGAGCAAACUGAGCAGCGAAACAAUAAGGUCGAAAGAAACAGACGAUCAAAUCCAUUUGAUACCAAGAAGGAAGAUAUUACUAUUGAUUCCUUAAAAAAUAAGUUACAUCUCAGUCUGAAUAUGGACAAUCAAGAUCACGAUCAGUCUAACAAAGAUCGAUCACCAUCUAGCGUCAAGGAUGUUAAAGAUAUUAUAUUCGCUAGUUCGAAGAGCAUCCUCGGCAAAGUUCUGUCACCGACCAAGGAAAAAUACGCUGCCAGAGAGAAGAGUAAAUCUCCGCCGCGGUCAGCGCCUGUACAGCAACGUCCAAUUCUCAUGACACGUCGACAACUUACUGAUCCAUUUGGAUCUGAUGACGAGGAUGAGAAUAUUCAAAUUGUCGAUGAUAAAUGGUCAAUUUCGAUGUCAAAAUCGCAAACAUCUAUUCGAGACGAUUCCGCGCAAUCGACUGACAGAGGAAGUCGCGGUAGUUCGGAAUGUCGUGGCACGUCGCCGUCGCACGGUGAUCAACGUUCGCAACAUCCAUUAGUAACGAGACACGAUGAGCUCAGAGAAAGAGCGAGACAACUUCUGGAACAAGCGAGGAAUCAAGCGAAACCUACCACAACCACAUCCGCUACAACCAGUCCGGUUGAGCCCCAGAAUGAAGACGACAGACAGCAGCAAUUACGUGAGAGAGCCAGACGUUUGAUAGCGGAAGCUAGGAUGGGAGUCAAUGGUCCUUCCGGUCAGCUCAGCGACGACAAUAACAGCGAUAGACGUUCGAUAGAUGAUCAGAAUAAUAGUCCAAGAAGGAGCGUGACUCCUUCUACUCCUGGCGACAGACUGAGUAUCAAAUCUGAGCACAACGGUAACGUAUUACCAAAUGCAAGCACAGCUGAAGCUGAUAAGAAAAGUGGAUCACCUUUAUACUCUUUCUCGAAGAUAAUUGAAAGGAUUUCGCCAGAGAGAAGCAGUCCCGACGGAAGCCCUUAUACUCUCAGAGGACUGGGCAAGGACAUGACAACGUAUAUACAAAACGAACUAGAAGCUCUUGAGAGGGAACAGAAUCAAAUAGAUAUACAGGCUGGUAAACUGGAAAAGGAAUUAAGAGCCGCCAUGGAAAGUGAUAACGAGGAGGAAACUGAAAGACUCAUGUCUCUUUGGUUUACGCUGGUAAAUAAGAAGAAUGCUUUACUGAGAAGGCAGAUGCAAUUAAACAUACUAGAAAAGGAAGAUGAUCUCGAGCGUCGUUUUGAACUACUUAAUCGUGAACUCAGAAGUAUACUGAACGUCGAAGAAUGGCAAAAAACAGCGGAGCAGAAAGUACGCGAGAAUUUACUGCUUGAAGAGUUAGUGUCCAUCGUUAAUAAGAGAGACGAGUUAGUGCAUCAUCUAGAUACUCAGGAAAGAGCUAUCGAGGAUGAUGAUGAGAUAGAACGAGACUUGUCGCGGGCUGGAUUAGCGCAAAGAAAUAAAAAUUGUGUCGUCCAAUGAAGCCUCUCAUCAAGGGUCUAAUUAUUAUCUCUCUAUCACAGGGACAUAUCCCGUCAUGCUGUGGAGUUGCCAAAGAAAAGGAGACAUAAUAAACAAGAAAGCGUUACUCUUUCAUGAAUGAUGGUAUUUAUGUAUCGAGAUUCACACGUUUGUAAUCUUAAAUUUGUACAGGUACAUGACUCUUCGAGUUGUGAAUUUUCCAACGACAAGUACUACGUAUAACACAAGGCCAGCCUUGAGACACAAUCACGAAUAGUCUACGUUCGAACGUUGACCGUUUCACGUUGAUUAACAGAGAACAUUCACUGAUUUUAUAUUUUAAAGGUUAGAAGUUGUCCGUCUCAUUUGGUUGAGCCUUUUUUUUCUAUCGAACAAAAAGCGAUAUUAGCUGAAAUUCAAGGUGUGCCGACAAUGGAUUGGCAUUGUAUUGGUGCGAGAAUUGAAUCCUGAUUUAAGAGGUAGUUUGCAUUUUCUAAUCUAGUAAGGAACUGAAACGUGCAAUUGGUUAUGUCCGCUAUUCGCUGAAAAUGUGAAAAGAUACCAAAAAAAAAAAGACAAAGAGGGAAUUAUAGAUCUCCAAAAUGUGUCGGUUAAAGAUGACAAGCGCUAAUAUGGUAUAUUAAAAUGAGAAAAAGAUGUUUCGAGUGUAGAUCAUAUGAUUAAGGAGAAAAAUGGUUGAAAGGAAGCAUGGAAGAAUUAUUCGAUGCAUCGUUAAAGAGGAUACUUGAAUAAUCCACAAUUCACUGCUUUGCAGUACGUCCUGAAUGGCAAUUUAAUAAUAGUAAUAUAUUACUGCGUUGAUUCGAAUAUAUUUAUUGAAUUCACUUUAUAGAAAAUAGGAAAAUUGUUGAUGCAAAUUGGAUGGGAUUGUAUUUCUUUCUCUUUUUCUUUCCUUGUCAAAGCGCUGUUUUCAUCGAUCGACACACGUACUCAGCACUGUGCCAUAAAAUAACCAAGUGUUUAAAGUUUUCUAUGAGAAUUAUGGUGUUCGCAUGCUAUGCUUUUGUUCUUUGUUCUAAACAGUAUAGUUUCUAAUAUACAUAUUAAUUUUAUAAAGUUUAAAGAAAGGGGUCGCCCAACUGUAAGGAUACUAUCGCCACUUCAUCCUGUAUCGAUAAGCAUCAACGUUAUUAGUUUCAUUGCCAGAUGUUAUUCAGAAUUUCUUAGUCAGAGAAUCAUGAUUGCGAUACUUCAAAAAAAUGAUUUUAAAUUAUUAUCAGGAAACGUACGGGUGGCCCAGAUGUGAUUUACAAUCGAGGCCGUUAUACGAUACUACUAUGUUUUACUUAAGUCACUGAUUAAAUACUGAUCACAAAAGUUAUAAAAAAAAAAAUGAUCCCA